UUAAGGGCUUUAUGUUGAAGUCAUUUUUUCUUUUUUAAUUUAUUUAUUUUUAAUAAUAAAAAUACAUGGAAGCAAAGGCAGAAGGCUGCUGGUACUGACUCUUCACUGAAAAGUUUAACAGAACAAAGAAUCCAUUAAAUUCGCCCUUUCUUUUAUUUUUCCCUUAAUCCAGUAUUGAAUCUUAUGACUAAACCUUUUUCUUUUCUUUUCUCUCUCAAAACCCCCCCUGAGAAAAAAGAGAAAAACAACAAACCCUUGGUUUGCAACAAACCCUUGGCUCAAGAUCUACAUGACAUCAUCUUUUCUGGAUUCUGAAAUUUACCCAGACACUAUCUUCGAUGAGCGAACACGUUGAUAAGGGUGUUUCUGGUAGUACUGUUUUGGAAUCGUCUAAAGAGACUGUAAGUGAUGGCGUAGCUAGUGGAGAUAGCGCGGAAACCCGAGUCGUUGAGUCAGUUGCUAGUGACGCUCAGUUUCAAGGCCAGGGUGUGACCAAGGAAUCCUCAGCACAAGGGGUGGUGACAGAGGAAGGCGGCUUUUGUAAUGGGGCGAAUAUAAUGGUUGGGUUGAGGGGUUCUGAUAUUUACGCUGAUGGUGUUUGCAUACGUGAUUCUGGUGAUGGUGGCGGAGGAAAUUUGAGUGAGGAAGCAACUAAAAGUCAUGGUCAGUCAAGGGAGUUGGCCUCAGAGGGAGAUGUAAAAGUUGUAGGUGGUGGGGGUGGUGAUUCUAAUUCUAAGCCCAAUAAGGAUCCAAGUGUGGAAGCAUCAAAUUUGGUAACCCAGAGUGAGGUUGAAAAGUCUUCUGUGUUUGCUGAAUCUAAAGAAGGAGAAUUGGUGGAGGAUGGGGCAACAGUUGGGGAGGAAAAAUUAGGAUUGGAGAUUGAGGUUGGAAAUUCUUCUGGAGUUGCUGAAUCUAAAGAAGGAGGAGAAUUGGUGGAGAAUGUGGCAAGUUUUGGGGAGGUAAACUUGAGGUCAGAGUCAGAAACUAAGGUUGGAAGAUCUUCUGGGGUUGCUGAAACUAAAGAAGAAGGAGAACUGGUGGAGGGCGAUACGAGAGUUAGGGGGGUAAUUUUGGCAACUGACUGUGAGAUUGGUAAGCGUUUUGGGGUUGCAGAAUCUAAGGAAGAAGGUGUAUUGGUGGGGUGUGUGGCAAGAGUUGGAAAGAUCACCGAGGCUGAUGGGGGUUGUGUUGCUGAUGAUAUUACUUCACAGGAAAUUGGUGUUGGGAAUCCUCAGAAUGUGGGAAUCAAGAGUUUAGUUGAAAAUUCUUCUCUUCUUAAAGGAUCCAGUGGAGGGGAAACCCAGAUUGUAGUUGAUAAAGUAGCAUCAGGUACAGGGAAGGAAAGUUUGGAGGAAGGAUUGGGGAAGGAGCGUAUUGAGAAAGUUGGGAUGCAUGUCGUUAAGGAUAUGAUUUCUCAGGAAGCUAGGGAUUCAGAGAAUGAAGCACGGAAUCAAGGAGUUGAAAAUGUUGGAGGUUCCUCUGCAGGUUUGGGUUCUUCAGUAGUUGAAGUCCAAUAUAUUACUGCAGAGAAAUCUAAAUUGGUGGAGGAGGCUACGGAUCAGGCUAAGGAAACACAUGACAAUGAGGGAGCAGCACUUCAAAAUUCAGAACCAGAAAAAGUUGGUGUUUUGGAUGUUGAGGCAUGGAAUCCUGGAAUAAGGACUGCAGGUGCACCUUCAUCAACCAUUAAGGAAGGUUCAAGUUUAAAAACCCAAGGUAUUGAGGAGGAAACCGUCGUGAUGGAUGAUAAUGGAAAUUUAGAUGCUAAAGUUGAAACAGUUUUGGAGCAGACACAUGGUACUGAUUCUGUGGAGGGGGCUGUAUCCAGUUCUGAGAAAGAUUCAGUUUCAACAGAAAAAGAUGCCAUUACCAAUCCAACCUCCAAAUGCUUGGAUGGACAAACGCAGCUUGCUAUUGAUGGGAAAAUUUCAUCAAUGAACAAUGAGGAGAUUGCAUGUCCUAAUAUUGAAGGUAUGGACACUGACGCUUUUAAUGAAAAUUUUUGUUUUUCAGUGGAAGAACUGCAGGCUAUGGUUGAGACACCCAAUGGAAGCACUGAAAAUCAUUAUGAUGCAUUUGCAGAUUUGCAAUCUUCACAACAGCCAACUCAAGUAGUUGUUGGAGGUGAAGUUGUAGCAACUGAGAACGAGGUGCAUAUGAAUUCUGAAAAUGAAGAGAUAUUAGUAACUGAAGAGUGCUCGAGCCAGAUUAUGCCUCGUGAUUUUGCUCAGGUUCAUUCAACUGUAGAUUCAGAGAUGGGAGUUGAUGAACCAGUUACUGAUGCUGAACAAGCUACUAUGCAGAAAGAUUCAAGUAAGGUAGAGACCACAAAUGAGAGCACUGAAAUUCACAACCUGAAAGGUUUAGAUUUGACAUCGUCUCAUCACUCUGUACCCUCACUUGUUGGUGUUGAAGUUGUAGAAAUGGAUGAUAAGAUUGAUUCAGACCCUAAUUUCAAGGGUCAGGUAGUUAUGCAUUUGGACCAGAUGUUAACAUCAUCAGGAAAUGAACAGCAUAUAAAGACUGAUGUGGACCCUAUGGAGACAGAUACUCACACUGCUUCAACUGAUAAGCAUAAGGUUAAUUCAACUGCCAAUGUUUCUGAUCCUGCUGAAAAAGACCAGGAGGUAAAGGUGAAAGAAAGCAUAGACGAGAGUGAAUCUUGUGAUUCUGAUCAGGGUAAUCCAAACAUAGGGCAGCUGAUGGCUGUUCAAGAACAGGUUACUCAUUUUGAACAGCAUCAAAAAGAAGAGACAGAAGUAGUAGAACAGAACUCAGAGGCUGAACCAGUUUGUGCAAGCAGAGAAACAGAUACCAUGUUAAUUAAUGGAGAGAAAACUGCUAUAUCAGACAAUGACGUGACAUUGAAUCCCGGUACUGGACUUGAGGGGCCACCUGAAGGGGAUCAGAUUCAGACGGUUGAAGAAGACUUGGAUGAGAGUGCAGGUCAGGAUGUUUCUGAGAUUGAAUCAAGUGUAGCAACAGAAACAGUGGUUGAAGAGCAUGAUGCUUAUCUUUAUCAGGUUGGCUUGCAAGAAAGGCAAGAAAUGGAAGCUGAAGGACAGGAUACUGACUUUGAACAGCCAAAUACCUCUGGAAGCACUGUAAUAGGAUAUCAAGCUUGUUAUCAGCUACCACCAGAUGAUGAAGGUGAGUUCACUGUAUCCGAUUUGGUCUGGGGCAAAGUGAGGAGCCAUCCGUGGUGGCCUGGACAGAUUUUUUGUCCUUCUGAUGCCUCUGAGAAAGCAAUGAAGUAUCAUAAAAAGGACUGUUUUCUGGUAGCAUAUUUUGGGGAUCGUACAUUUGCGUGGAACGAGGCAUCUCUGCUAAAGCCUUUCAGGUCACAUUUCUCCCUGGUUGAGAAGCAGAGCAAUUCUGAAGCAUUCCAGAAUGCUGUUGAUUGUGCUCUGGAAGAAGUUUCAAGGCGUGUAGAGUUUGGGCUGGCCUGCUCAUGCAUACCAAAGGAGACUUACGAUGAAAUUAAAUUUCAAAUAGUAGAGAACACUGGAAUUCGAGAAGAAGCAAGUGUAAGAGAUGGUGCAGACAAAUCCUUGCCUGCUGAUUUAUUUGAACCUGGUAAAUUAAUGGAGUAUAUGAAAGCAUUAGCACAAUGCCCAGCUGGUGGAGCUGAUCGUCUGGAACUUGUCAUUGCCAGGUCCCAAUUACUGGCCUUUUAUCGCUUAAAGGGUUAUUCUCAGUUGCCUGAUUUCCAGGUUUGUGGAGGUUUGUUGGAGAAUACGGGCACUUUAGAAUUUGCAGAUGAAGUGAUUGAGCAUACGUAUCCUGUUUAUAAGGAUGAUGAACAAAUUUCAUCCAAUCAGAAGUUUUCACAUGCUCAAAGUUCUUACGGCAAGCGCAAACAUAAUUUGAAGGAUACUGUCUAUCCUAGGAAGAAAGAAAGAAGUUUGUCUGAAUUAAUGGGUGAUUCAUGGGAUUGUGUAGAUGAUGAAUUUGGUACUGAUGGGAAAGCUAACAAUAAAUUAGUUUCACCAUCUUCUGGGAAGAAGCGAAAGGUCUUUGAUUAUUUUCCUGAUGACUCGGCUAAAGCAGAAGGGAGAAAAACUCUCUCUCUUGCAAAAGUCUCAACUACCGCACCUCCAUUUCCUAAGCCUUCAUUCAAGAUUGGUGAAUGUAUCCGUAGAGUCGCUAGCCAGAUGACUGGGUCUACCUCCAUACUGAAGUCUAAUAACACGAAGCAAGAUGGAAGCAGCGAGGGAGUUAUUGGGAAUGGAUCUGAUGCUAUGUUCCAACAUUCUGAGGAUGCCGAGAUGAGCAGAACAAUUGAUCCCGCAGAAUACUCAUCAUUGGAUGAAUUGCUAUCACAACUUCACUUGGCAGCACAAGAUCCCUUCAAGGGAUAUAGUUUGUUGACUAUCAUUAUUAGUUUUUUCUCUGAUUUUAGGAACUCUGUAAUUAUGGAGCAACGUGAGAAAUUAGGUGGUAAAAGGAGACAAGCAUCUCAUUCAAUUGGUGGUUCAUCUGAAACAUUCGAAUUUGAGGAUAUGAGUGAUACUUAUUGGACUGACCGGGUUAUUCAAAAUGGUUCUGAAGAGCAACCAUCACGUAAAAGCAGAAAACGGGAUAAUCAACUUGGGCUUGUGAAUCAGGAUAAGGCCCUUAACAAGUCAAACUCUAGAAAGCGGUAUUCCGAUGGCAAUUGCAGUCUAUCAACAGAGAAACCAGUGGGUUAUAUAGAUGAGAAUGCACCAGCAGAACUUGUUAUGCAUUUUCCUGUGGUGGAUUGUGUUCCUUCGGAAAUAAGGCUUAAUAAGAUGUUCAGACGGUUUGGGCCUUUAAAAGAGCCGGAGACAGAAGUGGAUAAGGAUACCAAUCGUGCCAGAGUUGUUUUCAAGAAGAGUGCUGAUGCAGAAGCUGCAUAUGGUAGCGCUUCGAAGUUCAACAUUUUUGGUUCUAUACUUGUAAAUUACCAGCUCAACUAUACUAUAUCUGUACCAUUUAAAAGUCAACCAAUGAUCACAUUCCAUGGUGAGGAAGAUGCAACACUUUUUCUGCAGUAUUGAAGAAGCAGAUUUGAUAUAAAAAUUUGGGAGAUAGCAGAUGUUGAAGAACUGCAGCAGAUGCAGCACAGCUUCUACUCCUGAUGCUCUUAUACGUGCUUAUGUUAAUGGGACACUGAAGAACAGUAUAUUGCUAAUACUUCUGGUUGUCUGCUGCAUCUUUCGUGGAUGAUUUUGGCAUGAUUUGGGGCAAGAUGCAGAGGGUUGAGGUUGUUCUUAAUCUAAGUAGGUUCGGUUAGUACAUUAUAUAGCCGUAGUUUUAGCUGACCCUUGUAGUUGCUAUCCUUGAGAAGUAUGAGGUUCAGUUACAGAACCUCAGUUGCUUGUUUAUUAUCAUUUAUGCAUAUAAUGAAUUUCUUUCUGUAAAUCACAAUAGAGGUAGAAUGCUUUUUGUCCAUAUGCUGAAAGUCACCCACAGUUUAGCCUUGGCAAUAUUGAAGCAUAUCAUUCAAGCAA